AUGCGCGACACUCUAGUGGGCGGCGACCACCAUGUCAUGUGCGUUGAGGAACUCGAUAACCGCUUCGAUGGGCAGAUCAAGGCUACGAGGUGGCAGAGCGAAGAGCACCAGGGGCUUGGCCGCCCCGAGCUUCUUCCGCUGGGGCACCGGGGCGCGAGGAGCCUCGAGACAGGCGCGAAGUACGGCAUGGCCACAAUGCCCUCGUCGUCUCCAGCCGUAGGAGGGGGUGACGAGGAGGAUGUCGGUGCCGUCUUCGACGAUGAGGGCAAGGGCGGGCUGUAG